AUGAAUGUGCUGGCACAUUGUAGAGUAUACCCACUCUCUACCUUUUACAAACCGGUUGCCAUUAAUAUUGACUGGCUCGGUAAGGACUCGUUUGGCAAUGCGAUACUGGACUGCGAACAGCAACCCGGUGCUCAAAAACUCAAGCCGGCAGGGUUUCUGCACCUAAUAGAGCACAGUUUUACGCCUACAACCUUUAAAGAGGAGCUCUUGACGAGAUUGGUGGAUAAUUGUCCCGAUCAGAGUUUCAUCUUGGUGAUUGAUCUGAUAUCUUGUUUGAAGCCUCUGCUUUCGCAAUUGCAGCUAGAUGACAAAGACGUAGCAUAUCUGAACUCGGCAUCGCUUGUUAAUUUUGACUCGCUCAUCAAUUUUCUUGUGCAACUCAAUGAAAGUCCACAGGAUGCAUUAUCCCGUUGUCGAAAACAAGUCUCGUUGCAGUAUCAGCUGGCAGGAAUCGUCAUUGACAACAUUUCAUACUACACGCAUGAUGCGGCCUCUUAUGAUCUUCUAUUCAAAGUUCUGCGUUUACUAAGAGCCAGAUAUGGUUGCUGUAUCGUUACAGUAGGAUACGGUCUGGAGUUCUACAAUGGCGUCGAGAAGGGAUUGGCUGAGACAUCUGUUCAACCUUAUGAAAUUCCAACCCGUCUGCCCAUUUCAUACGUCAAGAACAUGGACUGCGUCUUGCUAAGGGACACGGAGACCGUUGCAAGAGUUCUCGAUGUUAAGUGA